CGUUACCUUUGAUUGGCCGGGAGGAAAGCGUCGAAAAAAGCCGGUGUAGUUUUGCAGACGAUCGAGCUUCAGCAACAGAUCCAACAGUCAUGGGCCGGUUUGAGCUCUUCUGGAGAGCUUCCGUUUUUCUGCUACUUGUACCUGGAAUCCUCGGCUGGGGAAAGGAAGGUCACUAUGCAAUCUGCAAGAUAGCCGAGGGAUAUUUCACUGAAGAUGCUCUAUCCAUGGUCAAAGAAUUGCUUCCAGCUUCUGCUGAGGGUGAUCUCGCCGCUGUAUGCUCCUGGCCUGAUGAGAUUCGACGAAAGGCUCAUUAUCACUGGAGUAGCGUUUUACACUAUGUUGACACUCCUGAUUUCUUUUGUAAUUAUAAUUACUCGAGAGACUGUCAUGACACUCAUGGACAUAACGGUAGGUGUGUGAUUGCGGCAAUUUACAACUAUACCAUGCAACUUGAAUCAACUUACAAAGAGAUGACUUCAGAUGUUAGAUAUAACUUAACAGAGGCUCUCAUGUUCUUGUCCCAUUUUAUUGGAGAUGUCCACCAGCCCCUGCAUGUUGGUUUCAUUGGAGAUCUUGGUGGUAAUUCAAUAACAGUCCGUUGGUACCGUAGAAAGACUAAUCUUCAUCAUGUAUGGGAUAACAUGAUCAUUGAGUCUGCCUUGAAGACGUUCUACAAUUCAAGCCUUGCACUAAUGAUUCAAGCUAUUCAAAAUAGCAUUGUGGAUGAAUGGUAUAAUGAUGUAUCAAGUUGGAGAAAUUGCACAGAGAACCACACAGUUUGUCCUAACCCGUAUGCUUCUGAAAGUAUUAGCUUGGCGUGUAAAUAUGCGUACAAGAAUGCCACUCCCGGAAGCACACUAGAUGACAGUUAUUUUCUUAGCCGGUUGCCAGUCGUAGAGAAGAGGUUAGCACAAAGUGGCAUCAGAUUGGCUGCUACCCUCAACCGAAUCGCGGCUUCUGAAGUGAAAGUGGCUGAAGCUUGAAGACAAUGAAUGGGAGAGAUCAGAUCCAUUUCAUACAAUAGUAAAAUGGUUGAGGACAUGAAUUGAUUCAUUCUCCAUUCCUCUGUCCUGUACUAUAUUUAUGAUUGUUCAUAAAGAACCCAAUAUGAGGAGAAUCAUCUGUUAAUUGAACAGUCACUGGAUAAUAUGAUUCAGUUGAUUCACUGCCUUUAGUCUGCAUCUUAAAGAUUAAAUCCCAGAUUGUAGUUCAGGAAAA